ACGUGUUUAUUAGUCGAAAGAAACCAUCUUUGCUAUGCCUGGAGAUUCCAGGCGGGAUAAACCAUAAGCUGUCGAUUCUAGACAAGUAUGUCGGCCAGUUCUACGCCUUGGCUCCAUGGGACAUAUAACGCCCUUCGCAGAAGACGACGUGCCUAAGUGACCUGAACCAAGUUGCUGGCCUCCUUGGACGGGUUCGAGCCCGCAAACCUUGGGAUCAGCAAGUGUCAAGUGAUGUCUUAUAGAAUAUUUACCACGGUACUUCAAGUAAUACUCGUCACUGGUAGUAGUGGGUUGUGGUAUCUUCAUCUCAAGCGUGGCUCUAUAUAGCGGUGCCUGUAAACGAAACACGACACUGAUAGCAUUAGUUAAGUGGGUUGGCGUUCAAGAACGAAGAGAGCUUUCUUGAUGAUCUAGUUGACAAGUAGUCAGCAUUAUUAUGCGUGGUGAAAAAAGGACAAAGAAGAGGCGCACGUGUUGAAGCCAGCUGUUGCAUUCUCUAACGGCGCGCGGACCGAAAAAGCCGCUGGUUGGAUUUCUCAAGUGUCCUCGCUCGAUUUUCGAACUAUAAAUUAGGUUGACGUUGUUUUCUUCCCAUCGGUGUCUUUGCGAACGAUAUUAUCAUCCGAAGAGAAAUACCCGAGUUCCAUAACGGCAACAUGUUAUUUUGGUGGACGUUCCUCCUAUGGGCAAUCGCACGUCGAUGUGAUGGCAUUGUUGUGCAGAGUCCCACGCACGAUUUAGCCCUGAAAGUGCAUCAGAAAGGAUCGUUUGAGGUCGUGAUAAGUUCUCCCGUGAAGCAGACGAUUCAAGUGACGGCGGAACUGACCAAGUCGGACGUGGUUGAAGAAAUCGUUCCGGUGAACUUGACUGUUGCGGCAAAUUCGACCGAGAAGGUCGUGUUCGAUAUCCGAGCCAAGGACCCGGGUCACGUGGUCGUCAUUUUGCAUUCCAAGGAGCCCGACGUCGACAUGUCACGGGCGUUUGUCCGAGUCUCUGUGAACAAGAACAGUCACCUGGCCAUACUGAGCGCUGUCGUCGGUUGGCUCUACUUCUUGGCUUGGUCCGUCUCCUUCUAUCCGCAGAUUUACAUCAACUGGCGCAGGCAGAGUGUAGUUGGGCUGAACUUCGACUAUGUCGGUCUGAACAUCACCGGAUUCCUCUGCUACACGAUUUACAACUGUGGCCUCUACUUCGCCCCGAAAAUUCAGGAGGAAUACCUCGAACGUCAUCCUUUCGGAAUAAUUCCCGUUGAACUGAACGACGUCGUGUUCGCCGUGCACGGAUCGGCUAUCACAGCUGUCACCAUCGUACAGUGCGCCAUCUACGAGAGAGGGAUGCAGAAGGUGUCCACAGUGACGACCCUUAUCUUGAUUUGCAUCUGGAGCGGUGCCAUCAUCUCUGUGGCCGUGAUGGCAUUUGAACGUACCAUUUCGUCGUCGACGUUGCUGAGCUGUACAUACUAUUUUUCUUACGCGAAGUUGGCUGCCACGCUAGUUAAAUAUAUUCCCCAGGCUUAUCUCAAUUACCAGAGGCAAUCCACGGAGGGCUGGAGUAUCGGGAAUGUGAUACUGGAUUUUCUGGGCGGUAUCCUCAGCAUCAUGCAAAUGAUUAUCAUCGCCUAUAAUUAUAAUGACUGGACAUCAAUCUUCGGAAACUUCACGAAGUUUGGCCUCGGCGUCGUGUCUGUGGUGUUUGACGUGUUGUUCAUGAUGCAGCAUUACGUGCUCUACUGGCACGGCCCAGUAGACCAGCAGUUACGAGUGCCAGCUGAUUCUCCGUACACGCUCGUAAGCGGGGCCAAGCGGAAGUAGACGCCGGACAGCUGUUUAAAGUAUACACGUAGCCAGGUUAUAUGCAUGGCAAAAGGCUGCUGCUGCCUGUUGAAACGCAAUAUAACUCAUGUUUAUGGACUGCGUUGCACCA